AUGGCUCCUCCUGCUGCUCCGGGAGAGAGGGGUUUACAAGAUACGCCCACAUGGACGGUGGCGGCCGUCUGUGCAGUUUUCAUACUCAUAUCUCUAAUCAUAGAACAUGGAAUUCAUGCUCUUGGAAAGUGGUUCCAGAAACGCCACAAGAAAGCCAUGAUUGAAGCUUUGGAGAAAAUUAAAGCUGAGCUAAUGCUGUUGGGAUUCAUAUCUUUACUACUCACCGUGGGAACUCGAUAUCUUCCAAAGAUAUGCGUCCCUGCAAAUAUUGCAGACACGAUGCUUCCAUGCAAAUCAAAGCCACCCUAUGAAGGCGACAGUGAUGAUAAAGGUAAAGGAGGAGGCGGAGAAGAUGGCGGUGACAGACGAAAGCUACUUUCAUAUGCCGAAGACAUGAUAUGGCGUCGAGUCUUAGCUCCCAGUGGAGAUUCCAGUUCUUGCUCAUACGGUAAAGUUCCGUUGAUAUCAAUAUCUGGAAUGCACCAGUUGCAUAUAUUCAUCUUCGUCCUUGCUGUUUUUCAUGUUCUCUACAGUGUCCUCACUAUGGCACUUGCGCAGGCCAAAAUGAAGAAAUGGAAGGCCUGGGAAUCUGAGACAACAUCCUUGGAAUAUCAAUUUACAAAUGAUCCUGCAAGGUUUAGGUUUACUCGUCAAACAUCGUUUGUGAGGCGACACUCUGGCUUUUCUACAACGCCUGGAAUCAGAUGGAUUGUGGCAUUCUUCAGGCAAUUCUUCGGUUCGGUGACAAAGGUGGACUACCUGACCAUGCGCCAUGGAUUUAUAAAUGCACAUUUUGCUCCAAAUAGUAAAUUUGACUACCACAAGUACAUCAAGAGAUCUAUGGAAGAUGACUUUAAGGUGGUCGUGGGUAUAAGGUAUAUAUAUAUAUAUAUAUAUAUAUAUAUAUAUAUAUUGAUCAAAAUCUAUGCAGGAUGGUACACGCUCACUUGGUUAUCAUUAGCACCACUCAUUAUUCUUCUGUUGGUGGGUACAAAGCUUGAACUUAUCAUAAUGGAGUUGGCUCAAGAAAUGCACGAUCGAAAUACAAUUGUGAAAGGGGCUCCAGUAGUAGAACCAAGCAACAAGUACUUCUGGUUCAAUCGACCCGACUGGAUUCUCCUCUUGAUUCAUUUCACACUAUUUCAGAAUGCAUUCCAAAUGGCAUAUUUCUUGUGGGUAUCUUCUGAAUUUGGCUUCGGUUCAUGCUUCCACGAAAACUUGCCUCUCAUAAUCACUAGGGUUUGCCUUGGAGUUGCCUUACAAAUCCUCUGCAGUUACAUUACCUUCCCUCUUUAUGCUUUGAUCACACAAAUGGGAUCUCACAUGAAGACAGCAAUUUUCGAGGAGCAAACAGCGAAAGCUCUCAAGAACUGGCAGAAAGCUGCAAAGAAUCGUAAAAAGUUAAGGAGCAGAGGAGGCGAUGCUUCUGUUAACUCGUUUAUGAGUCCGGAAAACACACCAAGCCGGGGUUCAUCACCAAUGCACCUCCUCCACAAUCAGAAGUACAGGUCUAAUCAAUCGGAUCUUGAAAGUGUCCUUAACUCUCCGAGAUCUGUUUCUUACCAAUCUGAUACCGAUCUAUCGGAGAUGGAGGGCGGCUCUUCACAUAAUGGUCAUGGCAGUAUCAAUGCUUUACCAAGAGAAGAUCAUCGUCGACCAGAAAGGGAGGAAGGAAUGCAUAACACGGAUUUUUCCUUUGUGCAGCCUUGA